CAUCGCUUGACGUCAUUUGUGCCAUGUUGUCGAGAUUCUGCUGAAAGGGGGAAGAACAUUUAUUUUAUUUUAUUUUUUUUAUCAAAUUGGAUUCUGCCAAGUCGAUUUUUGAUGUAAAUUUCAUUAAAAGAUCAUCAAUCAAAUCAUAGCAAUGUUUCUAGUAGAUUGGAUGACAGGUUUCUUGAAUCUCUUCGGUCUGUGGAAGAAAAAUGGAAAAUUACUAUUCUUAGGUCUAGACAAUGCUGGAAAGACCACCCUCUUACACAUGCUCAAAGAUGACAGAAUGGCCCAACAUGUCCCGACAUUACAUCCGACUUCUGAAGAAUUAUCAAUAGGAAACAUGCAAUUUACUACAUUUGACCUUGGAGGACAUCAUCAAGCCAGACGAGUGUGGAAGGAUUAUUUUCCAGCUGUAGAUGCCAUUGUCUUUCUUAUAGAUGCAUGCGAUAGAGAGAGAUUUCCAGAGUCAAAAGUUGAGUUAAAUAGUAUUUUGACUGAUGAACAGUUAUCAAACUGUCCAGUGUUAAUUUUGGGAAAUAAAAUAGAUAGGCCAGGAGCCGCCAGUGAAGAUGAACUGAGGACGUAUUUUGAUCUUUAUAGUAUGACAACAGGAAAGGCAAAAGUUCCAAAAUCAGAAUUGGUGGGACGACCGUUGGAGUUGUACAUGUGCAGCGUCCUAAAACGCCAAGGUUACGGAGAGGGAUUCAGAUGGCUCGCUGAAUACAUUUGAUGAUGGCUUGUAUACCAAUCACAAAUACAUCAUUCCCAGUAAAUAAUGGACAUUUUGUUUGUUCUGAAGAACCAACCAACUACAUUCUCUAUCCCAUCAGAAAAUAUCCAUUGUAGGUGUAAAUUUUAUGACAGACCUUUAUUACCUCCUAGAAUAAAUUCCAGAAACUUUCUGAAAAUUUAAUUUCAAUAGGCAGCUCUUAACAAGUCCAAAUAUGAAUUUAAAAAACUGCCAUUCCAAACCACAGAACUGAUCUAAAAAAAGUGAUUUGAUAUGUUUGUAGAAGCCAUAUCAUAAGGUAUGAUCUUUUUGUUUUGCAUCAUACCCUGAGU